GUCUAUGAAAAUGUGGCUUGUAGACACUACUUUUUUUUAAGUUGACAAGUUGUCAUCAGUUGACAUUAUUAUUAGAAACGUUUCUUAACGGUUGAUUUUGAAAUUUAAAAAGGGAAAAAGAAAGUGGCAAUCAUACAUUAAAUGUUAUGCGUAGUCAUGAAGUAAGUAGAGUAUGUGUGGAGAUGUAAAAAAUAAAAGUGAAAAAAGAACAACUGCAGUGAAAGUCGAAUUAAAUAAAAAAACUAAAACCAUGAGUGAAUGUGCACCUUCAGUUUCUCAAAAAAGUGGGUUUAUAUUGAAUGAAAACUCUUCAUCAAACGUCACUCAACAUGAAAAUAUAAGAAGUAAUAGAAAAAAGCAAAUAGAUGCUGAAAGUACCGGAGAACAUGUCAAACAAUGUCGCAAUGAAAAUAGAAAGACAUGGACACUUUCAGAUUUUGAUAUAGGAAGGGCUUUAGGAAAAGGAAAGUUUGGAAAUGUUUACUUAGCACGUGAAAAGAAAUCUAAAUUUGUAGUCGCCUUAAAAGUUAUGUUUAAGAAAAUGAUUAAAAAUUUACAAAAUGAACAUCAAGUCAGAAGAGAAAUUGAAAUUCAGUCUCACUUGAGACAUCCGAAUAUUUUACGACUUUAUGGCUACUUCCACGAUGAAGAGAGGGUUUAUCUGAUAUUAGAGUAUGCUCCUGGAGGAGCUUGUUACAAAGAAUUACAAGCAUCUGAAAAUAAACGAUUUUCCGAAGAAAGAUCUGCAAAAUAUUUAGCACAAAUUACAGAUGCCUUAAAAUAUUGUCAUACAAAAAAAGUUAUUCAUCGUGAUAUUAAACCCGAAAAUUUGUUAAUUGGUUGUAAAGGUGAAAUUAAAAUUGCUGAUUUUGGCUGGUCAGUUCAUGCUCCUUCAUCGAGGAGAGCUACUAUUUGUGGAACAUUAGAUUAUCUUUCCCCAGAAAUGGUACAUGGAAAAACUCACAACGAAAAGGUUGAUCUUUGGAGUCUUGGUGUAUUGUGUUAUGAAUUUUUAACUGGAAAGCCUCCUUUUGAAUCCACUUCUUAUGAUGAAACGUACAGGAAAAUCAGCAAAGCAAUAUUCACAUUUCCCAGUUACGUGUCGGAACCUGCUCAACAUUUAAUUUCUAACUUAUUGGUUGUCAAUCCAGAUAAAAGGUUAGAUUUAAAUGGGAUUCUUGAACAUCCCUGGAUUUUAGCACUAUCUCAAUAAGUAAUUUUAUAUCAUUUUAAUUGAUUGAUAGGUAUAUUUUAUGUGUAGUUUUCUUAUUUAUUUAUGUUACACAUUUUUAAUAGACGAAAGAUAACUAAUUUUAUGUUCUUUAAGAGAUUUUCAUUGAUUGAAUAAUAGUUUCAUUAACAUGAUAUCUUUUUAAUAAAUAAAUUUUUCAUAUAAGUAAUUUUUAUGUUGCACUUUUUCCCUUAUAGAAUUCAUUCAACUACUAUAUGAACUUUUUUUAUUCAAAUCUUGUUUUACAUUAAUAAUAAGGCCAUGCUAUUGCCAUCAAUUAUUAUCCUAAACUUUUUACCUUAACAUACAUAUACUGUUUAAUACAUUUUUCG